AUGCGAAGUCUCCCAAUACGCUUUGUGAAGAUAUGCAGUAUUCUCGCAAUAAUCAUUUACCUUUCUCGAUUGCUCACAAGAGAGAACGCUUCGAGCUACUCUGCGGGAUUCAAUGCGGGCCAUAUUCCUGCAAAGGCAACUACAACACAAUGUACCAAGCCUCACGACGCUACAAAGCCUUUAGAUCAGUACACGGUUAUGAUCGACGCAGGAGGUACAGGGAGUCGUGUUCACGUCUACAAAUUCAAUAACCGCGGACCAACACCGGAGCUAGAAAACGAAGACUUGAAAAUCACUAAGAAGCUAGGAAGGUCUAGUUUAGGCUCUUAUACAGACGCAGAGGAAACUGCGGAAAGACUCGAUCCGCUUAUACAGUCUGCUCAAUCUUCCGUACCAGAAGAUCUUCUAUCAUGCAAAGAUGUUGUCCGGACUCUUCUACGAGAAUGGAGGAUUGGUUUGAAUGUCUUCAUGAAGAACCGGGUUUUCGCGGAUCAUAUCGAGGCAAUUCGAGGCAAUUCGAGGCAAUUCCGAGGCAAUUCCGUAAGCUCGAAGGGUGUUGAGUGUUUCAUUUAA